CCUAAUAAUGCAAAUGUUCCUUCGUAUCCAAGGAGGUUGGAAGCAAGUUUAGAUAACUAUGUUACUAAAUUCCUACUCUCCAUCUAAAAAAUAGAACUCAAACACACGCAAACAUGCUUCUUGGGACUGUGCAAAUCACUGGCGAAGAACUAAGCGAAGCUGAGGUUAAGGAGGUCUGCGAUUCUUUGAGAGAUAAUAGCAUUCGAUUGCUUUCCCUUCGGGGUUGUGUUGUGCAAGACGAAGACUUCAAAAAACUCGCCGAAUGCUUAAAAGAGAACGAUUCACUCGCUCAAUUAAACCUAAACUUAGGGAUUUGUAACGGGAAACACCGAAUACGGUGGUUAGCGGAGGCGCUCUCCGGAAACAAGUCUCUGAACGCCCUUUUUUUACAUGGGACAAAUCUCAGUGAUGGUUGUCUGGAAAUGCUGAUUCCAUCAAUACAAGGGCACCCCAACCUGCAAUCUUUAGAUCUUGGCGACUGUCAGAUAAGAGAUGAAGGCAUCCAACACAUAUGUGCACUACUGUCCCCAGCCGAUGAUAAAGCUGGAGUCCAAGAUCUAACGCUCUCUGCCAACCCUGCUGUAACACCCUAUGGGUGGACGCAGCUUGCUGUUGCCAUGGCAGCAAACCCUCAAAUCAAAUGCCUUUACCUUGACUACAACAACAUCGGUGACUAUGGCGCUGGAGUGUUUUCUGUUGCCAUGGCAGCCAAUACAGGCUUAGAGAGAGUUGAUUUUGAAGGGACCGGUAUAACCGACAAGGGAGCGAUGGUCCUUGCUAAUGUUGUGAAGUGUCAUUGCAAGAAUCUCCAGGAGCUGGUACUUGCUGAGAAUGCCAUAAGCACAGACUUAAUUGAUCAGAUCACAGGUUGCCUAGCAACAGGAGCUGAAAAUGGUGAUGAUAUGGAUGCAAGCGGUGAAAAUGGUCACUCUGAUAAUAGUCCUAUCAAAUCAUAAACUGUAAAAUGGCUUUUUUCAGGCAUGUAGCUUUUAAGUCAACUCAAAACAUCAAAAAAGAAUAAAAAGUGUGCAGUAAUCUUUUGCAUACAGAGCAUCCGCAAACACAUGCUACAACUUUUCCUGCCAAUGAAAUCUGAAUAGCUGUGCUAUAUUUUAGAAUUCAGCUAGAAAAAGUAUUGGUAUUCUUUGGGUAACAUUCAUUAUAAAAAAGGAACAAAAUAUAAUAAACAGUGAAAUAGCACAAUUGCUCUGUAAAAAUUAAAAGAAGGGAAGAAGAGGUCCAUUGUCAUUCAUACUAGUCCAAUACUCUGACAAAUGUAUGCAUGACGUUGCUCCCUUCCAUCAUUUGACCUUGUUCUCUGAUAUGCUCCAGUGGCCUUGAUUGUUUCAGACAAUGCCAUGCAUAAAUUUGUUGGUGUAUUAAAAAAAACCCUAUUAUCAUUAGAGUGGUUUUCAUUAACCCAUUAAAUAAAGUGUGAUAGUCAAAGUGUACUAGUCGGGAAAACACAAAAGAGAACAAUGGGAUUGGUUCACAAUAAAGCAUAAUACGCUAAACUGUAGUUCACGGGUUAAUGAAAAUCACUCUAAAGCU